AUGAGGCUCACGGCAGAGCUGAUCACGAAUUCUCUCUCAUACAACAACGCAUUAAACGAGCGCGAACUCGACCUACGAGGGCACAAAAUUCCUGGCGUCGAGAACUUGGGUGUCGCAAAAGACCAAGAAUGCAUCGACUUCACCGAUAACAACAUCUCCAUGCUCGGCAACUUCCCACUAUCGAACCGACUGCAGACGCUGCUAUGCGCGAAGAAUCGCAUAUCCACCAUCUCCGAGAACAUGUCGAAAAGCGUGCCGAACCUCCACACGCUCGUCCUCACAGAAAACCACAUCAACGAGCUGGCAGACUUGGAUUCGUUGCAGGGCUUCACGAAGUUGACAUAUCUGAGCUUGAAGGAGAACCCAGUGGCAGAGAAAGAGAACUACAGAUACUGGGUACUCUGGCGGUGUCCUUCAGUCCGCUUUCUUGAUUUCCAGAAGGUCAAGGAUGCCGAGCGGAAGAGGGCCGCCGAGCUGUUCGGCACCAAAGACGCACCUACAGAACUUGCACAACAGAUCAUUGCGACACGAUCGAAGGGCUCCAGUUUCGGAGGUGCGCCUACGGCGAACGGCAACGGCAGCAGCAAGAAGAUGAAGAUCACGGACGAGGAGAAAAAACGCUUUCAGAUCCUCGUUAAGAAAGCGAAGACACUUGCCGAAGUACAGCGUCUCGAAAAGGCGUUGAACGAAGGGCGACUUCCCACUGGAGUCAUGGGUGGCGAGGCUAUGGAUGAGACCUGA